AGAGGACUUUAGAAUUUUUGUUUGGGUUAUAUUUCAACGGUUGGAGAGGAAACACCAGUUGCCGGGUGGAAAUUGAUUGAAAUGAAUAUAUGGAAGUAAUUAUUGAAAAAUGGACGAUUAUGGUGAGGAUUCCCAGGGGGAGUUUCCUCCUGUUGAAUUUAAUUAUAUUCCUACUGCUGAUGAAUUGAUUGAGAAGCCAGUGGAGUCGACAUCAUCCACUGGGGGAAAAAGCAAGAAUUCAAAAGCAGCGAAAGCUUCUGAUGAACAAGCGUUGAAGAGGAAGUGGAUUCGCAACAGGGAAAAAGCGGAAAAAUUGGUUGCCAAGACGUGUCGAAAAAAUAUUCAACCUGGAGAGUGUAUGGAAUUUGUUCGAGUUAAUUUUGAUGAGGGAAUUGGAGAAUUUGAUUUCUACCAAGAAUCAGUGUCAUUGCUUGAAGAUGCAAAUGUCAGAACGCAGAAAAUUCCUCUGAUCAUUCCAAAUUAUGUGAAUUGGACGAGAUUCACGGAAAUUCAUACAAUUGAUAACAACAAUCAAGUAAAUACUGGGAUCACUGAAGAAACUCAUGGGCAUGUGAUGAUUAUAUGGAAGUGGAAUGAAGUUGUGGAAAAAAUACAUGGUCAAGUAUUUACAGAGAGUCUUGUCAACAUUUCAAAGAUCUUGCAGGAUAAAAAAUUGAUUGUCAUUUUAUACCAGAUGAAGGGAUAUUUUGCAUAUCACAAGAGCGAGAAUGGAGGGGGAAAGCUGAAGCAGAAGUACGACAACAUUGAUUUAUUACCGAAGAUUUCGAGGAAAGAAUUUGAGAAUGCAGUGGUUAAAACUCAGAUACGACUGGGUUGUACCAUCACGCUGAUUGAAAAUUCUCAAGAUAUGAGUUUGUCAAUCUUUCGAUACACCAAGGCAAUCGCUGAAAUUCCUUAUAAGCUGAUGAAAGAGGAAGGUACAAAACACCUUGAUUUUUAUGCGAUGGACGAUAAUAGAAAUACAAUCCAAGUGGACAGCGAUGGGGUUGGAUUGAAAAGACUUUGGCUGAGGCAACUUUGCUUGUUUAAUAAUGCUAGUUUACCAACUGCAGAAGCAAUUUGCGAAAUUUAUCCAAGCCCUUCACGACUCAUGGAGGCAUACGACAGCUGUUCGCCUGAGGAAGGAGAGGCAUUACUGAAAGAUAUUCCGAUCAGCAGGGGUCCAUCAGAAUUAUGUACAUCCAGAAGAAUCGGUUCAGAAUUAAGUCGCAAAAUUUAUAUUAUGUUUUCUUCAAUGGAUGGCAGCGAAAUAGUACAAUAAUAAUUUAUUGGUUGUAAUGAACAGGCGAACAGAGCAGAAAGUUUAUAUUCUGGUGAUAACUGUUAUCGAAGUUGACCAUGACCACCUAACGAUCGAAACCAACGAGAAAUUUCUAGUGACCCACUAUCCUGCAAAAAUGGAGGACAUAAAUCGCGUCGACAACUGACCCCUUGAAUCAGUCCUUUGGCAACUCAAAGUUUUUAUUCGCUUUAGUCAUGGAAAUAACCGAUCCGUUCACCAAUAGGAAGACGAAUCAAAGAUUGACAAUGAAAACAAUCAUUCAUUGUCAAUCUCUUUUAUGAUGGAGGAAUAGGAAAGAGAUCAAUUAAUAAGCAUGUAUGCAUACUAUCAAAAUAAUACGUUUUAUUUGAACAAGUAUUUCAGUACAGAUUUUUUCCAUAAAUUGUGCAAAAAUAUUGAACAUAAUUUUCAUCGCUACUUCUCUAUUUGUUUCCAAGCAUUAACAAAUCGAUAAGGCACUCAACGAUAUUCGCAAUAAUAGUAGAUAAUCGAUACGUACACGAUCACACGAAUGAGGAAAAAUUUAAUAUUCAUAAUUUUUCAUAAAAAUAAAUCUAAUCUCUAGGACAUUCACUGCAAAUACUGCGCACAAUGGAAGUCCUAUAUGGCAAAAAUAUCCGAAUCAUUAAAAUAAUGACGUUCUCCGAUGAAUCUAAUUUACAUUGAUGAUUAAUUACAUAAUGUCCGAUAUUGAGAAUUUAUGUCAAUUUUCCUAUUUGACUAUUUGUACACGAAACAAUUCACUAUUAAUAAACGAAAGGCGAAAAAA